UCUUCGUUUGACAGCAGCGACAUGACGAUGGUGUUUGGAGAACACCUCCAGCCUUAGCAAAUGACAGAAGUUCUCCUGGUGGCCAUUGAGGCCUUGGCAGCAGACGACGCCUCCGACAGGCAGAUGGGCAGCAGCGUCGUGGACAUGGCCGUGAGAGACCCUGCCUGCUGGCUGACGGAUGUGCCAAAGGUGACGAGGUCCAUCCACAAAACCGUGGAGCGCAUCCAGAGCGAGCCAGCCUGGCACAGCCUGGACUCGCUCCUUCUGCUCAUCAAGUGGUGCUCCGAAGAAGUGGUGGGGAGCCUGCUGAAGAUCUCUCCGGCCUGUGACAGCGCUGCCCUGGCCAUGUGGGAGGUGACGCUCUCCGUGCCUUGGGCUCUGUGGAACGUCUUGAUGGAGCUGCUUGACGUGCUCCAGGACCAGAAGCUGCGCAAGGUGUUCAGCUCUGACACGGAGGAUGCCUGCAUCUACCCCUUGUUUCUGCUGGUCUGCGCUGGCGUUGACCCCGAGGAGUUUGCUGCCCUCUACAAAGCCCAGCGGUACCUGAGGCAUCCGAGCCCGCUGAUGCUCUCGCUGGUGCUCAGGGUCCUCCUGACGCUUUCCGAGAGCCCGGAGAUGGCCAGAAGAAUGCCCGUGCUGGUGCCAGACCUCGUGGAGACCCUGCAGGACGCCAGUGCUGAUGUCCAGACGAAGGCCCUGCUGUUCUUCAGGAACGUGCUGGGCCACCUGAAGCAGGAGGAGGCCAGCCUCAUCGCUCUGCAGCUGGCGGAGAAGCUCCUGCCCCUCUUUGAUGAUGAGUGCAGCCAGCUGUGGGAGCUCUCCAUCAGCCUCUUCCGAGAGGUGGUGAAGGCUGUGGCGAAGCAGGGGAGAAACAAGAAGAAGAUGGCGCUGCAAGUGCGGAGGGUGCUGCUCCCGCUGCUGCUCCACGUGGCCGACCGAAGCGAGAGCGUGGCCCAGGUGCAGUGAGCAGUGUCUCGGGGAAGGAGGUGCCGGCACCGCAGGGGUGUCUGGGGCCUGAGGGGCAAGGGCUGCUGGAUGUCAGAGCCUGGGAACGUGUUUCACCUCGGGGUGCCACCGCUCCCCUCCUUCCCUGCACGGGUCCCCCCCACUGCCCGCCUUCUCCUCCCGCGCUGCUGCCUGCUGCAGAGCUCUGCCCACCAG